ACCGCAGCGGGGAUCACUGUCCUCAAAAGCGCGGGAAAAAAGCCCUAGCUUCAUCUGCUCCGAUUUCAAGGUAAAUGGAUCCAAAGUACGGAAAUGAGGAGGAGGAGGAAGAAGAGGAGUUCGGAUUCUCUCGUAAUUACUUCCUCGCCCGAGAAGCAAGUGGAUCUCGAUCCGCUAAGAAAUCCGCCCGCAAGCUCGCUGACAUCGACCUCGUUGAUGAACAGGUCCUGAGAGCAGCAGCCUCAACAAUUCUAACAAAACACGAGAAAGAGAUAGAAGCUCUAUUAAGAAGGUAUAAAGACAUGUAUUCCAAGUGGCUCUUUGAGUUAAGGUGUGGGUUUGGUCUCUUGUUCUAUGGAUUUGGUUCUAAGAAAGUCUUGCUCGAAGAUUUUGCUUCAACAUCAUUAACUGAUUUUGGGGUACUUGUAGUCAAUGGCUAUCUUCCAUCAGUUAACAUAAAACAAGUUGUGAUCACUAUGGCUGAAGUUCUUCAGGACCAGCUAAAAGGCAAACACAGAAGUUCAACAGGAAGUAAGUCAAAAACCCAGCAGUCUUUUAGUUCCCAAUCCAUGGAAGAUCUUCUCUCAUUUCUGAAUGGACAUCAUUCAAAUGAGAACAACUGCCUUGUAUGUGUCGUCGUUCACAAUAUUGAUGGACCUGCUUUAAGGGAUCCUGAAACCCAACAAUGUCUUGCACGGAUUGCUAGUUGUUCCAAUGUUGGCAUGGUUGCAUCAAUUGAUCAUGUCAAUGCCCCUCUUUUGUGGGACAAAAAGAUGGUUCACACACAAUUCAACUGGUGCUGGUACCAUGUUCCUACUUUUGCACCCUACAAGGUUGAAGGGGUUUUUUCGCCGCUAAUUCUUGCCUCUGGCACCGCUGCUCAAACAACAAAAACAGCUCUAGUAGUCCUCCAGAGUCUGACCCCAAACGCACAGAGUGUUUUCAAGAUACUUGCAGAGUAUCAGCUGGCCAAUGAAAAGGAGGAAGGUAUGCCUAUUAAUACUCUGUAUACCAAGUGUCGAGAGCGAUUUCUCGUCAGCAGCCAGGUUACACUCAAUUCUCAUCUCACAGAGUUCAGAGAUCACGAGUUGGUGAAAACCAGAAGGCACUCUGAUGGCCAGGAUUGCCUCUAUAUACCCCUUUCAUCUGAAGCUGUUGAGAAAUUGUUACCAGAGCUGGUUUGAAUAUGUGCUCUUGUGUUAGUACUUAUAAUAGUGUAUUAUUUGGGAGAAAUUAUUAUGUUAAUGAAAUUCCAGGAUCGGUGCAAUUACCAUUCAUAUGGUCAUGUCA